CCCCUGUCUACCCCAGCCCCGGUCACCCUUUCCACGCCGACCCCGAUCACGCCGUCUACCCUGAGCCGCACGCCGCUGUACUCCCCCUCGUCGCCGUCAUCUUCCGGAAGUUCGACGCCGAACUCUUCCUCUCCUCCCUCCAACUCGUCGAUAUCGACCGGAAUGGUGGUCGGGAUUGAAAUCGGAGGAGUAUUUGGCAACAAUGAAGCCAGUUGCUACGCACUUCCACCGCAACCUGGCCCCAAAGGAAGGCAAGCUAAGCAUGUUGAAGAAUGUUAACUUUUGCCCAAGUGUUCUUGACGAUUUCAUGUACUCACUUUGGACAAGCUUAACUCCUUAUUGGCUUGGUGGAAAUACGAGUUCUUGGGCUUGUUUUGGACUAGAAGAGCUGAUAUUUCACAUGGUUUACUUAGGAGCUCAAGAGGGAGUCCAGAAGCUAGUUUUUCAGGACGAUCAAUAUGCUAGAUCAACACUGGAAAAGCUUCUAGAAUUGUUGAAGUAUGGAAACCGAUUUGAGAAGGGACUA